AUGAACCACAUUUCAACAUCGUUACCCUCCUCCUCCUCCUCCUCCUCCUCCUCCUCCUCCUCGUUGUCGUCGAUUUCGACGCCCUCCUCGUCGUCAUUACAACCACAACUCCCAUCAUCAUCAUCAUCUUCAGAAAUGACCCAGUCUUCAUCAUCUUCAGCACAAAUAUCCUCCUUCUCCCUUUCCUCCACACCACAACCUCUAGUAUCACUUUCGUUACCAUCAUCAUUGUCAUCGUUGUCCUCGACCUUAACGCCCUACUUGUCGUCAUUAGAACCACAACUCCCAUCAUCAUCAUCUGCUUCUUCUUCUUCAAUGAACCACAUUUCAACAUCGUUAACCUCCUCCUCCUCCUCCUCCUCCUCGUUGUCGUCGAUUUCGACGCCCUCCUCGUCGUCAUUACAACCACAACUCCCAUCAUCAUCAUCAUCAUCAUCAUCAUCUUCAGAAAUGACCCAGUCUUCAUCACCUUUAGCACAAAUAUCCUCCUUCUCCCCUUCCUCCACACCACAACCUCUAGUAUCACUUUCGUUACCAUCAUCAUUGUCAUCGUUGUCCUCGACCUUACCGCCCUACUUGUCGUCAUUAGAACCACAACUCCCAUCAUCAUCAUCUGCUUCUUCUUCAAUGAACCACAUUUCAACAUCUUUAACCUCCUCCUCCUCCUCCUCCUCCUCCUCCUCGUUGUCGUCGAUUUCGACGCCCUCCUCGUCGUCAUUACAACCACAACUCCCAUCAUCAUCAUCCUCAUCAUCUUCAGAAAUGACCCAGUCUUCAUCAUCUUCAGCACAAAUAUCCUCCUUCUCC